GCGAACGCGGAACCUGCCCUACGAUGCCAUUUUGUAGAAGAGACUUGAGCAUCCUUGGGUUUCGGUAUUCGCCGGGGGCCUGGAACUAAUCCCCGCGCGGAGGAGGGACGACAGGAUUUGCGGAAUGAAACAAUGACUACAAAGAACGAGAGCAUCCAAUGACGUAGGCCGGGGGCUGCAGGAGCGCGAGCCGCGCGCCCGCGAGGCACUCUGGGGAUUGUAGUUCCGGGCUCCGCGGUGGCGCGGACCCUGCGCGCGGCCACGCUCUCUAUGCUCCGGGAGGACCGAGCGGCCCCGCGGUUGCCAUGGCUUCUCAGUCCCACCGCGGGAGGGAGUCAGCCCCGCUAGGCACCCGCUAGCCUAGUCGACGACGCGGAGCGGUACAGCGGAAGGAACCGGCGCGGUGGGUGCGGAGAGCCGGGGGUGGAGCGCAGGGGAGCCCGGAACCCCGGAGGCGGCGGGAGAGAGGGAAGCGUUUUCCUCCCGAUUGCAGAGAGUAGUUCCUCUCUCAGACUCACUCCCACGCUCUCGAACAGCCCGUGGGGUGAAAGAAUGGCGGUGAGCCACUCAGUAAAGGAGCGGACCAUCUCUGAGAACAGCCUGAUCAUCCUGCUGCAGGGCCUCCAGGGCCAGGUCACCACCGUGGACCUGCGAGAUGAGAGCGUGGCCCGUGGACGCAUAGACAACGUCGAUGCUUUCAUGAACAUCCGCCUGGCCCAGGUCACCUACACAGACCGCUGGGGACAUCAGGUCGAGCUGGAUGACCUCUUUGUGACAGGCCGGAAUGUCCGUUACGUCCACAUCCCAGACGACGUGAACAUCACCGCGACCAUCGAGCAGCAACUGCAGCUCAUCCAUCGGGUGCGCAACUUUGGCGGCAAGGGUCAAGGCCGGCGGGAAUUUCCUUCCAAAAACUAUAAGUGAGCCUGUCCCCUCAGCCCACCCUAGGCCCACUCAGGUUCCUCCAGAGUUCUACUGAGCCAAAGCCUGCUCUCCCUCCCCGCCCAGAACCUGGGAAGGGAGCAGGGCCAGCCCAGAAACUGAUGUCUGAUAGACAUCACCCAUCACAGCUGCCUUUCACGGAGUCCCCCUUCCCGGACUCACCCUGGGGCCUAGUAUUCUAGUUAACUGUCUGUGGCCUUGGGGUAGGUGACAAUCCUCCCCUCUGAUCAUUAUUUAUCUGAAUCUCUGACCUAUUGAUUUAGGGAAUCUGUCAAAUCGUUUUCAGCCCUCUCCCAGUGAGGAUUAUUAAAUGUGCUCGGCCUGAGCCACCCUUGA